GAAAGUGAAAGGGGGGAGUUUGGAUGUCCACCCGACAGAGAAUGCCCUCAUCGUUCAGUAUGAGGUGGAGGCAACUAUCCUCAGCCAGAUGGGAGACCCAAUGGUUGGGGAAUGCAAGGAGUGUCAGAAAAUGUAAGCAUGGUCUAGCUACACACAUACCUGACAUUUGCUUAAACAUCAGACUGUUACCAUGUUUACCCCAUGGAUAUUCAGUCUGAAAGAAGUCUGCCUAAAAAAGAAGCAAGAACAACAAGCCAGAAUGUUGAAUAAAAUUAUAUUUACUUUACCGGUUGUCCGUGCUGUUGGUCCUUUUGACGGUAAGAGAUGGAGAUAGGGUAUCCACAAGAAAUUGUUGUUUACCCUACUUUUUGUGGCGCUUUUUGCGGUCCCGGUAGGUUCUGUCACAACAACUUAACCAUCUUUGUAAUUCAGGGCAGCUAAAAUAUUUGUGUCAUGAAUAUCUGUUGUGCGAUAAAAUACAUUCAUGGAUUUGUCAUUUCUCUAAUUUACAAGUUAUUAAACAAUCUGUUCCUAACUGAACAAAUGAACAUCUGACACUUUGUUUCAACUAUUUAACUGUACUAGAAUGCUUAAAAGGCCGCUAAAAUUUUAAAUAUAGGUUAUUGUAUCAGGUUUUUUGGCAAGGAAAAUAUCACAUAUAUCGGUAUCGGCCACAAAUUUCAUAUCGGUGCAUCCCUAAAACGAGGCUAAAGUAACUUAAUGUUACUAAGCUACCAGGAAUGAGAUUAAUUUUGUUUUUCAGUCACUCACCUGAACAGGUCCAAGGGGUGCUUUUAUACAGUUUUACAUGUUCACCACUAAGUAGGGUCCCAGGGGAAACACAGACCAAAACAAUGGUUCCUUCCUUCCCUGUCACAUUAAAGAGUUAUUUGAACUAGCAAUGUUGUUUCUUAGAAAAUGUCUCAAAAUGAUGUUGCAUGUGUAUUUUCUAUUUACAGCAUCCGCCUAAAAAGCUUGAACGCCAACACGGACAUUGCCUCUCUAGCUCGGAAGGUGGUGGAAGAAUGCAGGCUCAUUCAUCCAUCUAAACUACCCGAGCUGGAGCAACUGCUCUUCUACCUGCAGAACCGCAAGAAGUCAGGUAAUGGUUCCAUCAUGGUAAUGCCUGGCCCUGCAAGAUGGCGCCGACAGACAUGGUCGUCCUGUUUCUAGCUCCUAGCCAACUUUGCAGUAUUUAGUUUUUUUUGGUGUGUUAUUUCUUACAUUAUUUGCUCAGAAGAUUUCUUGCAUUAUUACCUACAGCCGAAAAUGACUUUUGGAUAUUAGAUUGGCGGUCACUCAAUUUGACUUUCCUCAAUUGGAUCCUUUGUUUGAGCUCCCUGAGGAAAUGUCAUUCAUAACGGGGGCUGCUCCAAGACGCCGUCGCCGGAAAAGAGGAAUAAGGAGUGGGAUCCUAGUCAGACUCAGGAGGCGUGCAUACCAUGCACCGCUUCUGAGUAUAUUACUCGCUAAUGUUCAGUCCCUGGACAAUAAAGUAGACGUGCUCAGGGCGAGAAUCUCCUUCCAGAGAUACUUGACUGUACAAACUGGAAACUGCAAAUAUCCUGAGGCCACAUUUAUUGUAGCUGGGGACUUUAAUAAAGGAAAUCUGAGGAAAAUGCUACCAAAGUUCUAUCAACAUAUCUCGAGUGCUCCUGAGUGCUCCUGAGUGGCGCAGUGGUCCAAGGCACUGCAUCGCAGUGCUAACUGUGCCACUAGAGAUCCUGGUUCGAAUCCAGGCUCUGUCGCAGCCGGCCGCGACCGGGAGACUCAUGGGCGGCGCACAAUUGGCCCAGCGUUGUCCAGGGUAGGGGAGGGAAUGGCCGGCAGGGAUGUAGCUCAGUUGAUAGAGCAUGGCGUUUGCAUCGCCAGGGUUGUGGGUUCGAUUCCCACGGGGGGCCAGUAUAAAAAAAAUAUGUAUUCACUAACUGUAAGUCGCUCUGGAUAAGAGCGUCUGCUAAAUGACUAAAAUGUAAAUGUAAUAUCUCUUGUGCACAUCUCCUGCACAUCGAGAACUCUGGACCAUUGCUUCUCCCCCUUCCAGGACAGUUACAAGGCCUUCCCCCGCCCUCUCUUCGGCAAAUUAGGACCAGCUAAACACUUUUUUUGCCCAUUUCGAGGAAAACACAGAGCCGCUGAUGCGGGCCCUUGCGUCAAUCUAAUUAAUAUAAUAAAGAAAUACCUAUCAAAAUCCGUCUGUUUUAAGCUUGAUAUGUUUUUUUGUUGUUGCAUGGGCUGUGUCUAGAUCCACUGCAUCCGCCUAUGUUGGCCUUCUGCAUCUGUGGUGUAAAGUGGCAGAGCUACAAAGCUGUUUGUCAGACCAGGAGACAUCCUGGAAAUCAGUCUUAUGACCCCACUAUGGAAAGGGGAGACUCUCACAAACAUGAUGGUGUUCUCCGUUUUGUUCUACAACCUCCACAAGUGUCAGGGGACUUGUCUGAAGUUAACCCGCUACCGGUAAAAAAAAAGAAGAAUGGAAGUAGUUUUGUGCCCCCCAAAAAAGGGGUUAAAUGUGUAAAACACAGUUUUUUUUUUUCCUCCUAGAUAUAGGACAGACACUUCAAAACCGUAUUAUUCAUGAUACAUUUUUUGACUGUCUGUUUUGCCAUUUCUGAUUGUGUUAUUCAAUGAGUUUCUAUGGGCUAUAGCAGGCCAAAUUCCAAGCCGUGUCCUCAGAGCAUGUGCAGACCUCUCAGUAUCCCAGUCUGUUGUCCCACUUGCUUCAAGAUGUCCACCAUUGUUCUUGUACCCAAGAAAACGAAGGUAACUGAACUAAAUGACUAUAACACCAUAGCACUCACUUCUGUCAUCAUUAAGUGCUUUGAGAGGCUAGUUAAGGAUCAUUUCACCUCCACCUUACCUGACACCCUAGACCCACUACAAUUUGCAUACCGCCCCAACAGACCCACGGAUGACUCAAUCGCCAUCGCACUGCACACUGUCAUAUCCCAUCUGGACAAGAGGAAUAUGUAUGUAAGAAUGCUGUUCAUCGAUUACAGCUCAGCCUUCAACACCAUAUUGCCCUCCAAGCUCAUCACUAAACUCAGGACCCUGGGUCUGACCCCGCCUUGUGCAACUGGGUCCUGGACUUCCUGACGGUCCGCCCCCAGGUGGUGAAGGUAGGCAACAACACCCCUGCCACGCUGAUCCUCAACACAGGGGCCCCACAAGGGUAGGUGCUCAGACCCCUCCUGUACUCCCUGUUCACCCAUGACUGCAUGGCCAUGCACGUCUCCAACUCAGUCAUCAAGUUUGCUGACGACACAACAGUGGUAGGCCUGAUUACCAACAAUGACAAGACAGCCUACAGGGAGGAGGUGAGGGCCCUGGCAGAGUGGUGCCAGGAAAAUAACCUCUCCCUCAAUGUCAACAUAACGAAGGAGCUGAUCGUGGACUUCAGGAGACUGCAGAGAAAGCACGCCCCCAUCCACAUCGACAGGGCCGUGGUGGAGAGGGUGAAAAGCUUCCAGUUCCUUGACGUGCACAUCAAUGAAAACCUCUCCAGAGGGUGGUGCGUUCAGCCCAAUGCAUCACCAGGGGCACACUGCCUGCCCUCCAGGACAUCUACAGCACCUGGUGUCACAGGAAGGCCAAGAAGAUCAUCAAGGACCUCAGCCACCCGAGCCACGUCCUGUUCACCCUGCUACCAUCUAGAAGGUGGAGACAGCACAGGUGCAUCAAAGCUGUGACCGAGAGACUGAAAAACAGCUUCUAUAUCCAAGCCAUCAAACUGUUAAAGGAAAAAUCCAACCAAAACCACUAAUUCCGUAACAUAUGUUUUUUGUGAACAAAUGUUUCAUUUUGUCUUUAUAAUAAGGUUGGUAGCAACAUGUGAAAAUCGUUGUGGAAAUCUGUUGCAGCUCAAGUCAACUACAAAACCCACAAUGCAAUGCUUUCUUUGUGCUGGCUGGCCAUCUAGGUAGCUAGCUAGCAAACUUAGCUACACACAAUAAUACCAAAGUCAAUAUCAGCAUGUGAAGUAGCUAGUUGGCUGUAAAAUCGCCUAAACAAACUGCACUAUCAAUUUAGGAGUCUACAAUCUCACCAUGUUGAACCUACAGAUUGAUAUGCCUCACAGAGUGGAGCUCGACAUUCGCAAUGGCACCAUGCAAUGCACCCUUGACUGAAGAGGCAGACAAAUAGGAUACAUGUGUAAGACCCUCUGUUAAAUUACACAUUUCUCGUUGUAGUAUCUUAGGAUGCAUCUUAGAUUGAUGACACCGGACACGUAAGUACGUUUUAGUAUUUAAUUAUAACUUAGAAUAACAUUACUGGAAUGCACCUGGCGUAAACUACCUGAGACUUUUCCGAGCAUGGUUCUAUGGCAGACAUUUAAACUGCUACGGAUAGCGGAAAGCAAACCCCGUAUUGAGUCAAUACUGCCAUCUAUUGGUAAACAUAAUCCUUAACGUAAAUAUACCAGGUUACUACACUCGUGGUAGGAAUAUUGCAAAAAUAUGAUCAAUGGCUCAUUCGAGAGAAGACAACCUCCCGCGUUAUGACGGCCAGUAUUGAAAUCUGACAUAUGUAAUAGACGUUUUCGCGAACUAAAAAUCGUAUUCCUAUUAACUUCCAGUGUAAAGAAAGUGGCUUUAUCACAAUGCUACGUCAUACCGGCCAGAUUUCUGCCUACUUGAACGGCAAUAGCUCAGAUACACAUGAAAACAAUUGAUAAAACAACGCUCAGAGAUGCACAAAAACAAUAUAACAUUCAAAAUGGUUGAAUCUUUACUUUAAAUAGUCACCACUAGCCGGCCUCCACCCAGUACCCAGCCCUGAACUUAGUCAUUGUUACUAGCCUCCUACCACCCGGUACUCUACCCUGCACCUUAGAGACUGCUGUCCUAUGUACAUAAUCGUUGAACACUGGCCACUUUAAUAAUGUUUACAUACUGAUUUACCCACUUCAUAUGUAUAUAUUGUAUUCUAGUCAAGGCUCAUCCUAUAUAACUACUGCUGUACACACCUUUUCUAUUCAUAUACUGUCCAUACUGUCUAUACACACCAUUACAGUGCAUUCGGAAAGUAUUCAGAUCCAUUCAUUUUUUCCACAUGUUGAUGCCUUAUUCUAAAAUUGAUUAAAUUAUUAUUUUCAAUCUACACACAAUACCCCGAAAUGACAGAGCAAAAACUGGUUUUUAGAAAUGUUUGCAAAUUUAUAAUUUUUUAAAAACAGAAACAACUUAUUUCCAUAAGUAUUCAGUCCCUUUGCUAUGAGACUCGAAAUUGAGCUCAGGUGAAUCCUGUUUCCAUUGAUCAUCCUUGAGAUGUUUCUACAACUUGGAGUCUACCUGUGUUCAAUUCAAUUGAUUGGACAUGAUUUGGAAAGGCACACACCUGUCUAUAUAAGUUCCCACAGUUGACAGUGCAUGUCAGAGCAAAAAACAAGCCAUGAGCCACCAUAACACCUCCUCCUCUAUGCUUUACGGUCGGAAAUACACAUGCGGAGAUCAUCCGUUACACACAUCGCGUCUCACAAAGACACGGCGGUUGGAACCAAAAAUCUCAAAUUUGAACAGUUGAUGUUGAGUUGUGUCUGUUACUUGAACUCUGUGAAGCAUUUAUUUGGGCUGCAAUUUCUGGGGCUGGUAACUCUAAUGAACUUAUCCUCUGCAGCAUAGGUAACUCUGGGUCUUCCAUUCCUUUGGCGGUCCUCAUGAGAGCCAAUUUCAUCAUAGCGCUUGAUGGUUUUUGCGACUGCACUUGAAUAAACUUUCAAAGUUCUUGAAAUGUUCCGUAUUGACUGAUCUUCAUGUCUUAAAGAAAUGAUGGACUGUCGUUUCUCUUUGCUUAUUUGAGCUGUUCUUACCAUAAUAUGGACUCGGUCUUCUUUAUACCCCCCCUACCUUGUCACAACACAACUGAUUGGCUCAAACACAUUAAGAAGGAAAUCAAAUCCACAAAUUAACUUUUAAGAAGGCACACCUGCUAAUUGAAAUGCAUUCCAGGUGACUACCUCAUGAAGCUGGUUGAGAGAAUGCCAAGAGUGUGCAAAGCUGUCAUCAAGGCAAAGGGCGGCUAUUUGAAGAAUCUCAAAUAUAAAAUAUAUUUUGAUUUGUUUAACACUUUUUUGGUUACUACAUGAUUCCAUAUGUGUUAUUUCAUAGUUUUGAUGUAUUCACUAUUAUUCUACAAUGUAGAAAAUAGUAAAAAUAAAGAAAAACCCUUGAAUGAGUAGGUGUUCUAAAACUUUUGACUGGUAGUGUAUAUUCCGGACUGACAUUGCUCAUUCUGAUAUUAAUUUUUUACUUUUGGAUUUGUGUAUUAUUUUGUAUUGUUAGGUAUACUGCACUGUUGGAGCUAGAAACAUAAUCAGUUCGGUGCACUUGCGAUAACAUUUGCAAAAUACAGUAUGUGUACGUGACCAAUAAAAGUUUAUUUGAUCUGAAUGACUUUUUCAUUAUGUAAAUACACGUAAUGCUUACUAGUGCACAUGCUGUCCUGUCCUCCUCACAGACACACGAGAGAAACACUCGCCGAGAGACCUCACACCAUUUGAGGGGAUGGAGGUAAGGAGAGCAUCUUCAAAUGUGUGUACGUGUCUGACUGUGUGUGUCUGUGUUCGUGUCCAUGUCUGUUAUUUUGUGUUUGUAGCAUGAUUAUCACUGUAUUAUGUCGGUAUGAUUUAACCCUCGUCAUUCUAUACUGUAUCUCUGUUGUUCUCAGCUGCAUGAGGAGGCCAACAUCAACAGGAUAGAUGACUAUGUGGAGCUGCUGUAUGAAGACAUCCCAGAGAAGGUCAGGGGUGCCACCCUCAUCCUCCACCUCGCCCGCAACCCAGACAACUUGGAGGAGCUCCUGCAGAAUGGUACGUUCCUUCCCCAUCUGUCACAAUGGUAUGCUCCAGAGGAAUCAUCUUCUCUGUUCUGCUUUGUGGUUAAAAGCUGUACAGGCCAGGCUAGCCAAACUCUAGUGUCAUUGGUUGAUAUAAUCCACAGACUCUCUCACCAGCCCAUCCCAUUCAUAAGAAAAGACAGCCUAGCACUAAUCCUUCCUAUUCCCUUCCCUGACGACAGAGCAGUUUUCUCUCACAACAGCACACGGCGUCCAUUACAGCUGUCAAAUGAUGGCAUGGCUUCAUUUGUAACUGUCACUAUACAUCACAGGCUCACUUUGUCUGUUGAACAGAUCACAUGGUCAGAUGUUGAUAACGGUAGAAUGUGCAUGUGAACCAUGAAACCUCGGGUCAGUGAGGAAACAGGAGAGGGCCAGGGGAAAUGGAACAACGUGAUAUGUGUCUUUACAAUGAAGAUCACCCAUAGCUCAAGCCAUGGGAGCCUGGAAGGCUUCACGUUCCCGCAGGUUCCUUACUUUAACCUCCCACCCCAACCUGACCGUCAUCUCAAUGCUAGUUGACUCUUUCCACUACCUGCCCACCUCCAACCCCAACUGCAUACUUCCCAUUCAAAUCCUAACAUACUGUCCAUAUCCACCCCCCCCCCCCCCAUAAAGCACAUUUCUCCUCCCCACCUCUCUCUCACUUUCUCUUUCUCUCUAACCUGUGUGCUGCUCAUCAGAGACGGCCCUGGGAGCCCUGGCCAGAGUUCUGAGGGAGGACUGGAAACAGAGCAUUAACCUGGCAACCACCAUCAUCUACGUCUUCUUCUGCUUCUCCAGGUAUACAACUCCCUCUCUCUCUUCCCUCUCGCUCGCCAGAACCUCAGCUUUUGUUUUCACAUUCUGCUCUCUCUCAUUCUGACAGCAAUCACACAACUAUGACAACAUAACACAAAACCUUACUUUCCAACCUCAUGGGUUGGGAAACACUAAUUACCCUUGAUAGAAUAAUAAUUAAACUACUCGUCAAGAGCAAUUUUAGUUGUGGGAGGAUCUACGUAGUUCUGAAAACUGAUAGUCCUUCUUGGCCCCGCUCCAUGGCAGUGCUGUGCUGUUUGGUUUCGAAAUUAUUUGGCUUGUGUCUGGCUGAUUAUGAGUAGCAGAUGAGAUAUACUGUUUCACUCAAACUUUCUUCGUCUUUUUUUGGCAGUUGACUGUGCUCCAAAUAGGUGUUGCAUGAUGAUGAACGAAGUGCGCUUUCGAAUAAGUGGAAGCCUUAUAAACCUUUUCUCUUCCUUUCUCUCCUCCCAUCCCCAGUUUCUCCCAGUUCCAUGGGCAGGUGACCCACUAUAAGAUCGGAGCUCUCUGUAUGAACAUAAUUGAACACGAGCUGAAGAGGUACGACCUCUGGCAGGACGAACUGCAGAAGAAGGCGGCAGCCUAUAUCCUUCAGCAAAAGUCAAAGGUCACCUAAAAUAUGUUACAUAUCUUGCUGCUUGAUUUUAUUUUAUUUUAUUUGGUUCCCCAUUAGCUGACGCCAAUGGCGACAGCUAGUCUUACUGGGAUCCGACACAUAACGAAAACGACAUUACAGACAGAGGGUCACCGCCUCAGGGUCCCUGCUGCCCUCAGUGCUGGCUGAUAUACAAAACACGACUAUAAGCGCUCUUUGAGUUAAUUGGUUCAAUACAGCAGCACUCCUUCCUUGACUGAUCUCACGUGACGAUGACCCUGAGAACCAGAAUGUGAAGAAGGAGCAUGAGAAAUCCUUCAAAAAGUACCAAGGUCUACUGAUCAAGCAGGAGCAGCUUCUACGAGGUACAGUAACAGUACAGCACACUACCAUGUCUAGCAGAGGGGUAGUGAUGUGUUGUUACAGCAGUAUUAGUGCUUGAUAAUGCUGUGAUGUAAUUGCAUAGUAAUUGCCAACUACAUUGGUUAUUACAUAGUACUAUGAAGUUGGAUCACUAUUUGAUUCUCCAGUCCCCUCUCCUCUCCCUAUCGCUCCCCAGUGGCUCUGUACCUGUUGUUGAACCUUGCUGAGGACAUGCGCACCGAGCUGAAGAUGAGGAACAAGAACAUCGUCCACACCCUGGUGAAGAUCCUGGACCGGGAGGACGAGGAGCUGCUGGUGCUGGUGGUCUCCUUCCUCAAGAAGCUCAGCAUCUUCCUGGAGAACAAGAACGACAUGGUGAGAGAGGGAGGGAUGGAGGGAGUGAGUGAGAGGGGGGGAGAGAGAGAGGGGGGAGGGAGGGAGAGAGAGUGGGGGAGGGAUGGAGAGGAGUUGCAACACGGUGAGGAAAAUACAGUGAGCUCCAAAAGUAUUGGGACAGUGACACAUUUUUUGUUGUUUUGGCUCUGUACUCCAGCACUUCGGUUGAAGUGCAGACUGUCAGCUUUAAUCGGAGGGUAUUUUCAUCCAUAUCGGGUGAACUGUUUAGAAGUUACAGCACCUUUUUGUAUGCUGAACAAAAAUAUGAACGCAACAUGUGAAGUGUUGGUCCAAUGUUUCAUGAACUGAAAUAAAAGAUCCCAGAAAUGUUCCAUAGGCACAAAAAGCUGAUUUCUCUAAAAUGUUGUGCACAAAUUUGUUUACAUCCCUCUUAGUGAGCAUUUCACCUUUGCCAAGAUAAUUCAUCCACCUGACAGGUGUGGCAUAUCAAGAAGCUGAUUAAACAGCAUGAUCAUUACACAGGGGCACCCAGUUUUGUCACACAACACAAUGCCACAGAUGUCUCAAGUUUUGAGGGAGCGUGGAAUUGGCAUGCUGAAUGCAGGAAUGUCCACGAGCUGUUGCCAGAUAAUUUAAUGCUAAUUUCUCUACAAUAAGCCGCCUCCAACGUAGUUUUCGAGAAUUUGGCCGUACGUCCAACCGGCCUCACAACCGCAGACCACAUGUAAUGACGCCGGCCCAGGACCUCCACAUCCGGCUUCUUCACCUGCGGGAUCGUCUGAGACCAGCAACCCGGACAGCUGAUGAAACUGUGGGUUUGCACAACUGAAGAAUUUCUGUACAAACUGUCAGAAAACGUCUCAAGGAAGCUCAUCUGCGUGCUCAUUGUCCUAACCAGGGUCUUGACCUGACUGCAGUUUGGCGUUGUAACUUACUUCAGUGGGCAAAUGCUCACCUUCGAUGGCCACUGGCAUGCUGUAGAAGUGUGCUCUUCACAGAUGAAACCGGGCAGAUGUGGGCGAGCGGUUUGCUGAUGUCAACGUUGUGAACAGAGUGCCCCAUGGUGGCGGAGGGGUUAUGGUAUGGACAGGCAUAAGCUACGGACAACAAACACAAUUGCAUUUUAUCGAUGGCAAUUUGAAUGCACAGAGAUACUGUGACGAGAUCCUGAGGCCCAUUGUCGUGCCAUUCAUCCGCCGCCAUUACCUCAUGUUUCAGCAUGAUAAUGCACGGCCCCAUGUCGCAAAGAUCUGUACACAAUUCCUGGAAGCUGAAAAUGUCCUAGUUCUUCCUUUGCCUCCAUACACACCAAACAUGUCACCCAUUUAUGUUUGGAAUGUUCUGGAUUGACGUGUAAGACAGCGUGUUCCAGUUCCCACCAAUAUCCAGCAAUUUAGCACAGCCAACUCUAUGCGGAGGAGAUGUGACGCGCUGCAUGAGGCAAAUGGUGGUCACACCAGAUACUGACUGGGUUUCUGAUCCAUGCCCCAACUUUGUUUUUAAAAGAUAUCUGUGACCAACAGAUGCAUAUCUGUAUUCCCAGUCAUGUGAAAUCGAUAGAUUAGGGCCUAAUGAAUUUAUUUAAAUUGACUGAUUUCCUUAUAUGAACUGUAACUCAGUAAAAUCUUUGAAAUUGUUGCAUGUUGCGUUUAUAUUUUUGUUUAGUGUACAUAGUCCCCCCAUUUUAGGGGACCAAAAGUAUUGGGACAAAUUUACUUAUGUGUAUUAAAAUUGUCAAAUGUUUAGUAUUUUGUCCCAUAUUCCUUGCACGCAAUGAUUACAUCAAGCUUGUGACUCUACAAACGUGUUGGAUGCAUUUGCUGUUUAUUUUGGUUGUGUUUCAGAUUAUUUUGUGCCCAAUAGAUAUGAAUGGUAAAUAAUGAAUUUAGUCAUUUUGGAGUCACUUUUAUUGUAAAUAUCAUUCCCCCUCCCAAAAAUGCUAACCUCCCCUGUUAUUGUAAUGGUGAGAGGUUAGCAUGUCUUGGGGGUAUGAUAUAAAAUGCUAACCUCCCCUGUUAUUGUAAUGGUGAGAGGUUAGCAUGUCUUGGGGGUAUGAUAUUUGUGCAUCUGUAACUUUCUCACUCAUAAUUAUUCACGAUCCAUUCAGGACUAUCCAUAAUCAUGGUAGCAUCCACAUUAAUGUAGAAGUGUUUUGAAACAUAUUACAUUCUUAUUUACAAUAAAAGUGACUCCAUAAUGAAACAAUACGUUAUUUACCAUUCAUUUCUAUUGGGGACCAAAUAAUCAAACACAACCAAAACAAACAACAAAUGCAUCCAACAAGUUUGUAGUCACAAGCUUGAUGUAAUCAUUGCGUGCUAGGAAUAUGGGACCAAAUAAACCUUUGACAACUUUAAUACAUGGAAAGUAUUUAGACCCCUUCCCCUUUUCCACAUUUUGUAGUCCCCUGUAGCUCAGUUGGUAGAGCAUGGCGCUUGCAACGCCAGGGUUGUGGGUUCGUUUCCCACGGGGGGCCAGUAUGAAAAUUUAACUGUAAGUCGCUCUGGAUAAGGGCGUCUGCUAAAUGACAAAAAUUUAAAUGUAAAUGUUUGUUACGUUACAGCCUUAUUCUAAAAUGGAUUAAAUUACUUUUUCCCUCAUAAAUCUACACACAAUACCCCAUAAUAACAAAGCAAAAAUAGGUUUUUAGAAAUGUUUGCAAAUUUAUAAAAUAAGAAAAGUUACCUUAUUUACAUAAAUAUUCAGACGCUUUGCUAUGAGACUCGAAAUUUAGCUCAGGUGCAUCCUGUUUCCAUUGAUCAUCCUUGAUAUGUUUCUACAACUUGAUUGGAGUCCACCUGGGGUAAAUUAAAUUAAUUAGACAUGAUUUGGAAAGGCUCACACCUGUCUAUAUAAUGUCCCACAGUUGACAGUGCAUGUCAGAGCAAAAACCAAGCCAUGAGGUCGAAGGAAUUGCCCGUAGAGCUCAACGACAGGAUUGUGUUGAGGCACAGGUACCAAAAAAUGUCUGCAGCAUUGAAGGUCCCCAAGAACACAGUGGCCUACAUCAUUCUUAAAUGGAAAAAGUUUGGAACCACCAAGACUCUUCCUAGAGCUGGACGCCCGGCCAAACUGAGCAAUCUGGGGAGAAGGGCCUUGGUCAGGGAGGUGACCAAGAACCCAAUGGUCACUCUGACAGAGCUCCAGAUUUCCUCUGUAGAGAUGGGAGAACAAUCCAGAAGGACAACCAUCUCUGCAGCAGUACACCAAUCAGGCCUUUAUGGUAGAGUGGCCAGACGGAAGCCACUCCUCAGUAAAAGGCACAUGACAGCCCGCUUGGAGUUUGCCAAAAGGCACCUAAAGGACUCUCAGACCAUUGGAAACAAGAUUCUCUGGUCUGAUGAAACCAAGAUCGAACUCUUUGGCCUGAAUGCCAAGCGUCACGUCUGGAGGAAACCUGGCACCAUCCCUACGGUGAAGCAUGUUGGUGGCAGCAUCAUGCUGUGGGGAUGUUUUUCAGCGGCAGGGACUGGGAGACUAGUCAGGAUCGAGGGAAAGAUGAACAGAGCAAAGUACAGAGAGAUCCUUGAUGAAAACCUGCUCCAGAGUGCUCAGGAACUCAGACUGGGGCACCGGUUCACUUUCCAACAGAACAACGACCCUAAGCACACAGCCAAGACAAUGCAGGAGUGGCUUCGGGACAAGUCUCUGAAUGUCCUUGAGUGGCCCAGACAGAGCCCUGACCUGAACCCAAUCAAAGAUCUCUGGAGAGACCUGGAAAUAGCUGUACAGCGACACUCCCCAUCCAACCUGACAGAGCUUGAGAGGAUCUGCAGAGAAGAAUGGGAGAAACCCCCCCAAAUACAGGUGUGCCAAGCUUGUAGCGUCAUACCCAAGAAGACUCAAGGCUGUAAUCGCUGCCAAUGGUGCUUCAACAAAGUACUGAGUAAAGGGUCUGAAUACUUAUGUAAAUGUAAUAUUUCCUUCUUUUUUUUAUAUACAUUUGCAAACAUUUCUAAAAACCUGUUUUUGCUUUGUCAUUAUGGGUUAUUGUGUGUAGAUUGAUGAGUGGAAAAAACAAUUUAAUCAAUUUUAGAAUAAGGCUGUAACGUAACAAAAUGUGGAAAAAGUCAAGGGGUCUGGAUACUUUCCUAAUGCACUGUAAGUGUAUUAGUCCCAAUAGUUUAGGUAUCCUAAAAUGGUACAAAAUUGCUGUAUUUUCUAAAUGUUUUUUCAUAUGGAUGAAAAUACCCUGAAAGUAAAGCUGACAGUCUGCACUUUAACCUUGUGGUCAUUGUAUCAUUUCAAAUCCAAAGUGCCAGAGUACAGAGCCAAAAAAACAACAAAUGUAUCACUGUCCCAAUACUUUUGGAGCUCACUGUCUCAGGUCCUCUGACUUACUGUAGAAUGAGAAUGUAUAAUUAUUAUUAUUAUUAUUAUUAUUUUUUUUUUUAUUAUUAUGUUGUACUCGUUAAAGAUUUGUACUGGUUUACAUUUAAUUAGGGUUAGCGUUACUUUUGUUGAUGCCUUCUAGUACAGUUGUAGGACUUCAGUGACCACUGCUUUACUUCCCUGUCUUACUGCAGUCCCACCUGGAUCCAAUCUCAGCCAGUUUGUGUGCCUUUUAUUAAAGCCAGACUGAGUUAGGAACAGUUUUUGAUCUCUUUGUUUCCUUUUAGUGUAUCUUUGUCUCCGAUAAAAGAACCCUUCGGGGUUCCAGCCCAUUGUCUACACGAGUCCAGCAGAACAGAAGAGUAGUGCUCUCAACAUGUUAUUCACAGAGUAUCACGUUACCUCAGGGGAUGGUUUUAGUUGCAGGCUGAUUAGCUACAAAAAGAUAAUUGGUUAGUGAUUUGUCAUCAAAUUCUACUUACUACUCGUUUGUAUUCAACACCAGAUAACAGUUUUAAGAUGGUGUAAGAACUGUAGUUGAUUACUGUGCAUACUAGAUUUGUAUUGGUGUCAGUGGAUUUCCUUGUGAACACAAUAGCAAGUGUAAUUGACACACACACACACACACACACACACACACACACACACACACACACACACACACACACACACACACACACACACACACACACACACACACACACACACACACACACACACACACACACACACACACACACACACACACACACACACACACACACACACACACACACACACACCUCCAGUCCCAGUGUGUCCCUUUAUAGACUGGUCCUUGAUGCAUCUGCUCAACACCUCCACCUACCUGUCAACACUGUGUAUCUAGUCAACACUGCUUUCUCUGUACAUGCAGGACAACAUUCUUACCAAAUUACAAAAUAAGUUGAAUUCAUUUUAAGUAAUUCAUUGAAUGAACAGAUUUAAAAUGAAACUGACCCCAACACAGGUGAAGUCUGAUGAAGUCAAAGAAAGUGUUGUCGUGGAAAUUCUUACACAGGGAUACUCGAAGUCAAUCUUAAAUGAAUCAUUGUUUAUUGUCAGCGUGCCGGAGAGGUUCUAACCAACUCAAUGCACCAUAGUACACAUGUCAAUCAGGAGCUCUGCUCGUACAGUCCCAGCAGUUGUUUUAUAUGCGGCUAUACACAGAGAAGUUAUAUUUGCAUGAUUUAGCAUAAUGAAUUAAUCAUUACCGUUUUGUUUCAUUUACAUUUACAUUUACGUCAUUUCAUUCAAUACCGGUUCAUAACAUGUGACAGACCAAUACCUCACGAGGCUUCUUCUCUCUAAGCUGAGACCUUGAAACUGAGAUAUCUUUCGUUCUCAAAACAAGGUCUGGGCGUACUGCCAAAUUGCAGCUACUGAUAGUGAGGAUUUGUUCAGUCAGUCACAGAGCAUGAACACAUAAAUUGGUUUAUAGAAAAGCACAAACAUAGAAAUUGGUAGACAGAAAAGCACCAACAUAAAAAUGCCCAUCACAUUCCACCCUCUUAUCACUUGUGUGAUACUAAUCAUUACAUUUUAAUGUAAGCAUUUAGAUUUGAGCUUCUAUAUCAAAAUAUUCUAUAUUCCUAUUAAAGUAAGGGAAAUCAACAACACCCUUCAUUCUGGGUUGUACAAUCCAAUUAGUAUGGUAAUACUAUAAUCAUAAUAAAGGUUAUACUUCUAUUAAUGGGAGUGAGUAUCACAAAUACACACACAUACACAAGGGAUCUGUAGAUUCAGAGGUGAAUAAAUCUCUCAAUGUAAACCAUUGUUUCCUUAUCUCUUACUACAAUUGGGUUGGAUUGACCUAUGUUUUUCACUAACUGUCCCUGGGACAUCAACAUAGAAUAAUGUAAACAGGUUAAGGGUUCAGAUUACCUUACCCUCAACUUGUUAAAUGAAAAGAACCUUCAAUCAUUACUCAUCAUCCAUAUCUACAGUGGGGAGAACAAGUAUUUGAUACACUGCCAUUUUUGCAGGUUUUCCUACUUACAACAUUUACAUUUACAUUUACGUCAUUUAGCAGACGCUCUUAUCCAGAGCGACUUACAAAUAGGUGCAUUCACCUUAUAGCCAGUGGGAUAACCACUUUACAAUGUUAUUUUUUUUAUUUUAUUUUUUAUUUAUUUUUUUUUUUGGGGGGGGGAUAGAAGGAUUACUUUAUCCUAUCCCAGGUAUUCCUUAAAGAGGUGGGGUUUCAAAUGUCUCCGGAAGGUGGUGAGUGACUCCGCUGUCCUGGCGUCGUGAGGGAGCUUGUUCCACCAUUGGGGUGCCAGAGCAGCGAACAGUUUUGACUGGGCUGAGCGGGAACUAUGCUUCCGCAGAGUUAGGGGAGCCAGCAGGCCAGAGGUGGAUGAACGCAGUGCCCUCGUUUGGGUGUAGGGACUGAUCAGAGCCUGAAGGUACGGAGGUGCCGUUCCCCUCACAGCUCCGUAGGCAAGCACCAUGGUCUUGUAGCAGAUGCGAGCUUCAACUGGAAGCCAGUGGAGUGUGCGGAGGAGCGGGGUGACGUGAGAGAACUUGGGAAGGUUGAACACCAGACGGGCUGCGGCAUUCUGGAUGAGUUGUAGGGGUUUAAUGGCACAGGAAGGGAGCCCAGCCAACAGCGAGUUGCAGUAAUCCAGACGGGAGAUGACAAGUGCCUGGAUUAGGACCUGUGCCGCUUCUUGUGUAAGGCAGGGUCGUACUCUCCGAAUGUUGUAGAGCAUGAACCUACAGGAUCGGGUCACCGCCUUGAUGUUAGCGGAGAACGACAGGGUGUUGUCCAGGGUCACGCCAAGGCUCUUCGCACUCUGGGAGGAGGACACAACGGAGUUGUCAACCGUGAUGGCGAGAUCAUGGAACGGGCAGUCCUUCCCCGGGAGGAAGAGCAGCUCCGUCUUGCCGAGGUUCAGCUUGAGGUGGUGAUCCGUCAUCCAUACUGAUAUGUCUGCCAGACAUGCAGAAAUGCGAUUCGCCACCUGGUUAUCAGAAGGGGGAAAGGAGAAGAUUAGUUGUGUGUCGUCAGCGUAGCAAUGAUAGGAGAGGCCAUGUGAGGAUAUGACAGAGCCAAGUGACUUGGUGUAUAGCAAGAAUAGGAGAGGGCCUAGAACUGAGCCCUAGGGGACACCAGUGGUGAGAGCACGUGGUGCGGAGACAGCUUCUCGCCACGCCACUUGGUAGGAGCGACCGGUCAGGUAGGACGCAAUCCAAGAGUGAGCCGCGCCGGAGAUGCCCAGCUCGGAGAGGGUGGAGAGGAGGAUCUGAUGGUUCACAGUAUCAAAGGCAGCAGACAGGUCUAGAAGGACAAGAGCAGAGGAGAGAGAGUUAGCUUUAGCAGUGCGGAGAGCCUCUGUGACACAGAGAAGAGCAGUCUCAGUUGAAUGACCAGUCUUGAAACCUGACUGGUUUGGAUCAAGAAGGUCAUUCUGAGAGAGAUAGCAAGAGAGUUGGCUAAAGACGGCACGCUCAAUAGUUUUGGAGAGAAAAGAAAGAAGGGAUACUGGUCUGUAGUUGUUGACAUCAGAGGGAUCGAGUGUUGGUUUUUUGAGAAGGGGUGCAACUCUCGCUCUCUUGAAGACGGAAGGGACAUAGCCAGCGGUCAAGGAUGAGUUGAUCAGCGAGGUGAGGUAAGGGAGAAGGUCACCGGAGAUGGUCUGGAGAAGAGAGGAGGGGAUAGGGUCAAGCGGGCAGGUUGUUGGGCGGCCUGCCGUCACAAGUCGCAAGAUUUUAUCUGGAGAGAGAGGGGAGAAAGAAGUCAAAGCAUAGGGUAGGGCAGUGUGAGCAGGACCAGCAGUGUCAUUUGACUUAACAAACGAGGAACGGAUGUCGUCAACCUUCUUUUCAAAAUGGUUGACGAAGUCAUCCACAGAGAGGGAGGAGGAGGAGGAGGGGGGGGGGGGGGAUUCAGCAGGGAGGAGAAUGUGGCAAAGAGCUUCCUAGGGUUAGAGGCGGAUGCUUGGAAUUUAGAGUGGUAGAAAGUGGCCUUAGCAGCAGAAACAGAUUAAGAAAAUGUAGAGAGGAGGAAGUGAAAAGAUGCCAGGUCUGCAGGGAGUCUAGUUUUCUUCCAUUUCCGCUCAGCUGCCCGGAGCUCUGUUCUGUGAGCUCGCAAUGAGUCAUCUUGCCACGGAGCUGGAGGGGAGGACCGAGCCGGCCGGGAGGAUAGGGGACAUAGAGAGUCAAAGGAUGCAGAAAGGGAGGAGAGGAGGGUUGAGGAGGCAGAAUCAGGAGAUUGGAGGGAGAAGGAUUGAGCAGAGGGAAGAGAUGAUAGGAUGGAAGAGGAGAGAGUAGCGGAAGAGAGAGAGCGAAGGUUGCGACGGCGCAUUACCAUCUGUGUAGGGGCAGAGUGAGUAGUGUUGGAGGAGAGGGAGAGAGAAAAGGAUACAAAGUAGUGGUCGGAGACUUGGAGGGGAGUUGCAGUGAGAUUAGUAGAAGAACAGCAUCUAGUAAAGAUGAGGUCAAGCGUAUUGCCUGCCUUGUGAGUAGGGGGGGACGGUGAGAGGGUGAGUUCAAAAGAGGAGAGGAGUGGAAAGAAGGAGGCAGAGAGAAAUGAGUAAAAUGUAGACGUAGGGAGGUUGAAAUCCCCCAGAACUGUGAGGGGUGAGCCAUCCUCAGGAAAGGAACUUAUCAAGGCGUCAAGCUCAUUGAUGAACUCUCCAAGGGAACCUGGAGGGCGAUAGAUGACAAGGAUAUUAAGCUUAAAUGGGCUAGUGACUGUGACAGCAUGGAAUUCAAAUGAGGAGACAGACAGAUGGGUCAGGGGAAAAAUUUAGAAUGUCCACUUGGGAGAGAUGAGGAUUCCUGUGCCACCACCCCGCUGACCAGAUGCUCUCGGGGUAUGCGAGAACACAUGGUCAGACGAGGAGAGAGCAGCAGGAGUAGCAGUGUUUUCAGUGGUAAUCCAUGUUUCCGUCAGCGCCAAGAAGUCGAGGGACUGGAGGGUAGCAUAGGCUGGGAUGAAGUCUGCCUUGUUGGCAGCAGAACGGCAAAGCAUGUAGAGGUCUGUAAUUUUUAUCAUAGGGACACUUCAACUGUGAGAGACGGAUUCUAAAACAAAAAUCCAGAAAAUUUUUAAGUAAUUCAUUUGCAUUUUAUUGCAUGACAUAAGUAUUUGAUCACCUACCAACCAGUAAGAAUUCCGUCUCUCACAGACCUGUUAGUUUUUCUUUAAGAAGCCCUCAUGUUCUCCACUCAUUACCUGUAUUAACUGCACCUGUUUGAACUUGUUACCUGUAUAAAAGACACCUGUCCACACACUCAAUCAAACAGACUCCAAUCUCUCCACAAUGGCCAAGACCAGAGAGCUGUGUAAGGACAUCAGGGAUAAAAUUGUAGACCUGCACAAGGCUGGGAUGGGCUACAGGACAAUAGGUAAGCAGCUUGGUGAGAAGGCAACAACUGUUGGCGCAAUUAUUAGAAAAUGGAAGAAGUUCAAGAUGAUGGUCAAUCACCCUCGGUCUGGGGCUCCAUGCAACAUCUCACCUCGUGGGGCAUCAAUGAUCAUCAGGAAGGUGAGGGAUCAGCCCAGAACUACACGGCAGGACCUGGUCAAUGACCUGAAGAGAGCUGGGACCACAGUCUCAAAGAAAACCAUUAGUAACACACUACGCCGUCAUGGAUUAAAAUCCUGCCGCGCACGCAAGGUCCCCCUGCUCAAGCCAGCGCAUGUCCAGGCCCGUCUGAAGUUUGCCAAUGACCAUCUGGAUGAUCCAGAGGAGGAAUGGGAGAAGGUCAUGUGGUCUGAUGAGACAAAAAUAGAGCUUUUUGAUCUAAACUCCACUCGCCAUGUUUGGACAAAGAAGAAGGAUGAGUACAACCCCAAGAACACCAUCUCAACCGUGAAGCAUGGAGGUGGAAACAUCAUUCUUUGUGGAUGCUUUUCUGCAAAGGGGACAGGACGACUGCACUGUAUUGAGGGGAGGAUGGAUGGGGCCAUGUAUCACGAGAUCUUGGCCAACAACCUCCUUCCCUCAGUAAGAGCAUUGAAGAUGGGUCGUGGCUGGGUCUUCCAGCAUGACAACGACCCGAAACACACAGCCAGGGCAACUAAGGAGUGGCUCCGUAAGAAGCAUCUCAAGGUCCUGGAGUGGCCUAGCCAGUCUCCAGACCUGAACCCAAUAGAAAAUCUUUGGAGGGAGCUGAAAGUCCGUAUUGCCCAGCGACAGCCCCGAAACCUGAAGGAUCUGGAGGUCUGUAUGGAGGAGUGGGCCAAAAUCCCUGCUGCAGUGUGUGCAAACCUGGUCAAGACCUACAGGAAAUGUAUGAUCUCUGUAAUUGCAAACAAAGGUUUCUGUACCAAAUAUUAAGUUCUGCUUUUCUGAUGUAUCAAAUACUUAUGUCAUGCAAUAAAAUGCAAAUUAAUUACUUAAAAAUCAUACAAUGUGAUUUUCUGGAUUUUUGUUUUAGAUUCCGUCUCUCACAGUUGAAGUGUACCUAUGAUAAAAAUUACAGACCUCUACAUGCUUUGUAAGUAGGAAAACCUGCAAAAUCGGCAGUGUAUCUAAUACUUGUUCUCCCCACUGUAUAGGCGGAAAUGAGCCUCAUCCAGGGUUGGCAGCUCAUUAGUUUCACCAUCCUCUGGAGGAGCAGAAAACAUGAUAGCUGCUGAAAUCUUAUCAGCCAGAGAGGCACAGAUCGCCUUACAGCAUGUUAAUAACAUUUCACAGGGAAGAGAGAGAGAACGCAUGUUAUAAGAUUCACACCAACCUUGCUAAGAAUGAAAUUGGGGCAAGGUUAGCCCAAGCUACAAUCUAGUGGCUCUCCUCACAUUUUUAGGACACAGCUCUGUCUCUAGAAGCCUUGCCUUUCCAAAUCAUAAUUAUAACUAUUGAUAAAUUAUCCAACCCAAAUUUAGAAUGACAGUCCUUAGUGCUUCACGUUGGUUCUAUCACUUUAAUUUAAGACCCUCAGCUUAGCACACACCGAUACUGGCAGAAUGUACAUUUAAAUGUACAUACAUUACAUUUUUCUAGCAUUAACUUUUCUCAUCAUGGCCCCCAUUUGUGGUAAUGACAGAUUGGUAUCUCAAUGCAUUCUCUGUCUAAAUUACUAUGAAUUUCACAGUGUGCAGACCUCCACAAUCAACUUGAUACCGCAAAUAUUUUUUUAUGCCUAAAUCAAUUACGGGCACGGUUGACCACCCCUCUCCCUCCCGGCACUCAUCUUCUGCCGUUUCUUCAUGUUCUUCUUCAGAUAGUGUUUCAAUUCGUCCUUUAAUGGCACAUGUUCAAAGUAGAUGGCCCUUGAUAAUGUCUCACCUGAGCCGCCACUGUCCUUUACAGUCUAUUAUGUCUCGUCCAUUUUCCCACCAGUACACCAGCAAGUUUGGAUGGGAUCUCUCUCCAUGCUCACUCCACGUGGACUCAUGUCGCACUCCUGAGAGAAAAGGCAUGAGAGAAAAGGCAGUUGAUAGUUUCGACUGGAUGCUGUGUACAGGUUGCUGGCUUGGACUCAGGUCUCACGGUAGAAGUGGUGAAGGACCAGGGCCAUAAUGAAUGCCAUUUUUUGCCAUUGCUUCAGCCAGUUAGAGGGGGUGAGGUUCACACUGUUCUCGGCCGAAUUAUCAUCCAUGCAUCAAGACACCAUCUGUGGUCACCUUCGCCAUAACCUCCAGAGAGAGACAGACCAGAACAACAGUUUAGUUUAGAGCAUUUCUGUUUCAGGAAAUCCAGACAAAUUAUUUACUGUAUGACAAAUUAUUACUACUACCUGGUUCUUAAUACAGAUUUCUAAAACAAAUGUCAAAGAAUAACAACACACAGUUGAAACCUAUUUCCCCCCCCCCAAAUUGGCUUAUACUCCCCUAUCAUCUUGGCUGCAGUUACAGGGUCAGGGGGUUAGAGGGCUAAUCCUUAGGGAGAAAUCCCGACCAUCCAGCAGACCCAAUCUGGUGAGAUUUGUUAUUGAAGCAAGACAAAAACAAACAAACAACACAACAACAGCAAUACUAAUUCAUAUAAAACUAGAGGUGGGGAAAACUUUAAUCCAUUUGUAGUAACUGUCAACUAUUACCAACAUAUCUUUCUUCUUUUUACAGGCAGGCAUGUGAAGAAAAUCAAUUUGCAUAUUUACCAAAAAAACAACAACAACAGUGCCUGUUAAUUCAAAAAUUAACUAAUUAAAAUAACACAUCAAAUUAGAAAUACAACUCUUGAUAACUCCAUAAGCAAAUGAUUGUAUCCCAUAAGGUAAUGGUAAAAUAUACUAAAGACAGGUGUCCCUCCAGGGGCAGCACUCUUUCUCUGUCCUUCUCUUGGUCCGAAUCACACAUAGGACUAUUGAUAAAUUAUAAAUGUCUUCUAAUUAUUAGUGUUUACGUAGCCCAUUUAAAUGUCACCCAAUGUCUCCAGUCUUCCUAGUGAGGGUGAUCAGACCUCACCAGGAAGUUCGAACAGAGGUCAGAGGUCAGUCAGCCCUAUUAAGUGAGUGUUUGUUUUCCUGUACCUCAGACAUUAUUUAAAGAUAUUUCAAACAUUUCAAACAUUCUGUGUAUCAGGUUUACAUUGGGUUUUUCAGUACAUUUCUUCUAAUCAAGAGAAAUUACAUGUGUGCACCCAAAACUCUGACAAUAGAAACUUCAAAACAUUUCAUUUGUGUACGGCAUCCUUUCUAACGCUUGAAAACCCCACUAAAACAGAAAGAAAAAUACCCCACACUUCUAAAUCAAACAGAGUAUUAACCACUAACAAAUAUUAAUUAACAGGUGGGUUGUGUGUGAGUGCUGGUGUGUGUGUGGUAAAAAUCGUAGGGUAAACACAAACAAAAUGGUCUUGCUUAAUUUGGGAGGCCCCUUAUCAGCUGGAUCCGGGUACUUUUGACUGCUCUCCUAAGGCACCUGCCUCAGGAAGCCUUUCAAAGGGAGAGAUACAGAAUCAUUGAUAAACAUGUAAAAAAUACUUGGUAGUGGACAUUCAUCAGUCCUGGAAGAAAGAAAAUAAACAUAAUCGAGUGUACUGCAUCUUGGGCAGGGAGUCUUAAUAAACCGGCAGGUAGCUUAGUGGUAAAGAGCGUUGUGCCAGUAACCGAAAGGUCGCUGGUACUAAUCCCCGAGCCGACUAGGUGAAAAAUCUAUCGAUGUGCCCUUGAGCAAGGCACUUAACCCUAAUUGCUCCUGUAAGUCGCUCUGGAUAAGAGCGUCUGCUAAAUGACUAAAAUGUAAAUGUAAACCCAUGCAUAUACAGAAUUAUACUUCAGACACCAGAUGAUACAGUGUCCCUUAAAGCUGAAUUAGGCACCUUCUAAAGUAAACAAUCCCAGAGCCCCUCUUAAAUCCCUGGUGCUACCCAAACUAUAGAAUUGAGAAAUACAUUUUCAAAAACGUGUCUUAUUCAAUUAUUCACCUCUGUCCCAAAUUUCCCACUGUCUCUCUUACAGCCUGUUUGAGUUCAGUGUGUCCUGGCGGCUAUCUAUUGUUCCACCGGAAGCUUAUCUCUUAACCCAAACACCAGAUGGCUUAAACACGAGAGCAGUGGACGAGGCACUGAAGAGUGAGCUGCCUCUAAUUGAAGUCGCAAUGCUCAAUUCCUCUGUCUUACUUCUUCAAAUUACUAAGAUAUUGCAUUAUUGGAUUUCUAUCUGAAAGCCAAUUACCAUUCACUUUGUUACUUUCACUAGUCUCCAUAUCUGUUUCCCUCAACCUGGACUUCCUUCCAUAUAGGAAGACCUCAACCACUACUGCUUAACACAUGGAUCACUCUCAAACAACAUUCUUAUUUCCCCCCUAUUGCAAGGUUUAAAACAAAACAAAACAAACAUGAUAACUUUCUCCAUAUUGGAAGGCAUUGUUUUUCAAAAGUAUACCUUCAAAAAGUUACUCUAUAUUUUUAUUACCAAUUUCUGUUGGAUAUUCACUUACUGCUUAAAUAUUUAUUAAAUGUCUAUUAUUUAAAGAUUCAUAUGUAAUGCUUUAAAUGGAUCAAUAUGUAUUAACUGGGUUGGCACUGUCUCAGUCCCCAGUAGAUGUCACGCUUCGUCCAUAAUAAGUCUGGCACCUGAGACAGCAGGGAAACAGAUGCAGUUUCCAUUUUGCCUACUCACGAAUUGGUUUAGAACGUCAUCAUUUGGGAUAUCAUUGAAAACUCCAUCGGGAGUACAAUAAAUUGUAGCCUUUUAAGUUUAGUUAAUAGAAAAUCAUGUUCAACAUUCAUUAGUUCUAUUUAACAGGGUAUGGGGUUUAUUUCAAAAUGCAUUACCAGGGUGGAGGAAAUCUUCUACGCGUUUAUAGUUCUAUUGGUUAGGGGUAAGUCAAGUUCCGUACAAUGUUUUAACCUUAUCAUACCUCAAAUUAUCCAUAAAGGGACCACUCUGAACAUUUCUCAGAAUACCUUUUUUACACCACUUACGUACGUCUAUGUGUGGGUGUGCAAGUAUAUUAUUGUUAUUAUUUCUAUUGUUACUUCAUCAUAUCUCUAGUAACCUAUUAUACUCAAUAUUAUGUUACUUUAUCUCUAGUAACCAUUAUACAUUUGUGUCACAUCACAAAUUCCUCCUCUACACAAGUGUUCUAUUCAUACAGGGGUUUAAAUAUUCCCUCGUGUUCUAUUUAACAGCAUAUUCGGAAAUAGUACUCUCAUCUUUCAAAUCUCACCUCCACACUGCAGCAACAAUCACAGCGCAGCAGCCCGAGAGGUACACAUAUCUUUCAAUGGCUUCUCCUGUCAGUGCUCACUACCUGUAGAUCAAUGGGCAGUGGUGGACAGAACCUGUAGAUAACGUUAUAGUUCUAAAAACUCAGCUCACAGAACUGGCUGGGGUAUCCAUUCUUUCACACACUCAGUAAUCCUCUUUCAUACCGGAGCUAGUCCCCUGACAGCUCGCUUUCACUCAGUAAUUUAUAGCUACAUUUCUCAAUCAAUCUUAUUAUCCAAAUUCCAAUCUAAAUAGUAAUAAUUUCAAUCCAUUUAUUCUCCAAAUUUCAAUCAGCCAAAUUUCAAUCUUAAUAGUAAUAAUUUCUAAAUUUCAAUCAAUCUUAUUAUCCAAUCAACUUAAUUUCCAAAUUUCAAUCAAUCUGCUCUUGUUAUCCAAAUUUCAAUCACCAUAAUAUGUCAUAUCUCACAAUCACACAACUUUCACAUCCACAUUCACUUAGGACUAUUCCCAAACUCACUCGGGAAUCUCCCUCAUUACCCCAUGUGCAUCGUCAACGAUUCUCUUGUUGUUACUUGCUAUGCACCAUAUGUAUCUUCACUAUACAUAUAAAAUAGCACAGAGUGCACCUUAUGAUAUUCUCUACCAGUGGCUGCAGACCAUGUAGAAAUUCCUCUUAUAAAUGCCUACAGACAGCUGUCAGCGGGCCAUGGUACCGUUACUUGCCCUCGCUCUAGUCUUCUCUCUAAGACUAGCUCUAGCCUUCUUCCACGUCAUAUGUAUCUUCAACGGUUCCUCUAUAGUCUCCACAGUCGACAUAGUCUCUACAGUAUCCAUGGUCCCUGAGCAUCUGUAGUCCCUGAGCAUCCAUAGUCCCUAUAGUUAUAGCAUCUAUGGUCCCUACAGCAUCUAUAGUCCCUCAGCAUCUACAGUCCCUCAGCAUCCAUAGUAUCAAUAGUUGAUAUAGUCAUAAAUGCUAUGGUCUCUAUAGGCUCUGUAGUCUUGCCGCUUCCCAUACAUGUAAAUAACACCCCGUAUUCAAAAACACAUUGUGUUAUUUUGUAGGCUAGUGGUACCCUCCUUCUACAUCUUCAUUGGUUUUAUAUAUCUAUAUAUUUUAUAUUUUAUACAAAUUAAUUACAAUUGACUUACUGAAAUCCGUUGCCCUCAAUUGUUUACAGAUGAUGUGUCUCCUCCUGGGCAGCUCACAGUAAGGGUCCUCGUCCGGUCAGAUGGGAAUUUACCUCACGCUUCAUAAAAUGCGCCAAUGUGACAAUGUCUCCCUCAGUGUCUCCUCUCCUCUGUUCCCUGGUGUUCAGGCAGAGACGUAUGCUGUGGAGAAACUGGCCAGGCUGCUGCCCUGUAAGCAUGAAGACCUAUUGAACACUACACUGCGCCUGCUCCUCAACCUCUCCUUCGACACAGGCCUCCGCAGCCAGAUGGUCCAGGCUGGACUCAUCCCCAAACUCUCUUCACUGCUAGGUACACUACUCACUGACACAACUGUGUGUGUGUGUGUACAUGUAUGUGUGCACUCGUGUGUAGGCUGUUAUAGCGCUGUGGGCACAGCAAGGCUGGCUCUGUUUCUGGUUCUGGUGGCCAUUAGAGAAAUGACUUCCUGAAACUAGAUAAUGUGUGUGGCUGGUGUGUUAGCUCAUCCAGGGGGUAAUGUGGCAUGGCUGGGAGCAUCUGUGAUGGGCCUUUUAAAGCCUCUCCAGGGAGGGUUGGGUAAUGUGCAUAAUUAAUAUAAUAUAUUUGUUAGAAUAAUACGCUGGGCCGCAGCAUAAAUGUUGUUUUUGCAGGAGCCGGCCGGAAAGGCUGAGGGGUCUACAGAGAUUUGUGAGGGUUUUUAUUUUCAUUUUAUGAAUGAGACACACACUUGUGCACGCACAUGAGCGCACACGCAUACUCACACACAUGAUAUGCAGGCACAUGCCUGUCCACGCUUAGGCUAAACAUAGCCGAAUACACUCCCCUACAUAUGUACAGUUGAAGUCGGAAGUUUACAUACACUUAGGUUGAAGUCAUUAAAACUUGUUUUUCAACCACUCCACAAAUUUCUUGUUAACAAACUAUAGUUUUGGCAAGUUCGUUCGGACAUCUACUUUGUGCAUGACACAAGUAAUUUUUCCAACAAUUGUUUACAGACAGAUUAUUUCACUUAUAAUUCACUGUAUCACAAUUCCAGUGGGUCAGAAGUUUACAUACACUAAGUUGACUGUGCCUUUAAACAGCUUGGAAAAUUCCAGAAAAUGAUGUCAUGGCUUUAGAAGCUUCUGAUAGGCUAAUUGACAUAAUUUGAGUCAAUUGGAGGUGUACCUGUGGAUGUAUUUCAAGGCCUACCUUCAAACUCAGUGCCUCUUUGCUUGACAUCAUGGGAAAAUCAUAAGAAAUCAGCCAAGUCCUCAGAAAAAAAUAUUAUAGGCCUCCACAAGUUGGGUUCAUCCUUGGGAGCAAUUUCCAAACGCCUGAAGGUACCACGUUCAUCUGUACAGACAAUAGUACGCAAGUAUAAACACCAUGGGACCACGCAGACGUCAUACUGCUCAGGAAUGAGACGCGUUCUGUCUCCUAGAGAUGAACGUACUUUGGUGCGAAAAGUGCAAAUCAAUCCCAAAACAACAGCAAAGGACCUUGUGAAGAUGCUGGAGGAAACAGGUACAAAAGUAUCUAUAUCCACAGUAAAACAAGUCCUAUAUCGACAUAACCUGAAAGGCAGCUCAGCAAGGAAGAAGCCACUGCUCCAAAACCGCCAUAAAAAAGCCAGACUAAGGUUUGCAACUGCACAUGGGGACAAAGAUCGUACUUUUUGGAGAAAUGUCCUCUGGUCUGAUGAAACAAAAAUAUAACUUUUUGGCCAUAAUGACCAUCGUUAUGUUUGGAGGAAAAAGGGGGUAGCUUUCAAGCCGAAGAACACCAUCCCAACCGUGAAGCACGGGGGUGGCAGCAUCAUGCUGUGGGGGUGCUUUGCUACAGGAGGGACUGGUGCACUUCACAAAAUAGAUGGCAUCAUGAGGAAGGAAAAUUAUGUGGAUAUAUUGAAGCAACAUCUCAAGACAUCAGCCAGGAAGUUAAAGCUUGGUCGCUAAUGGGUCUUCCAAAUGGACAAUGACCCCAAGCAUACUUCCAAAGUUGUGGCAAAAUGGCUUAAGGGACAACAAAGUCAAGGUAUUGGAGUGGCCAUCACAAAGCCCUGACCUCAAUCCUAUAUCCUGUGUGGGCAGAACUGAAAAAGCAUGUGUGAGCAAGGAGGCCUACAAACCUGACUCAGUUACACCAGCUCUGUCAGGAGGAAUGGGCCAAUAUUCACCCAACUUAUUGUGGGAAGCUUGUGGAAGGCUACCCGAAACGUUUGACCCAAGUUAAACAAUUUAAAGGCAAUGCUACCAAAUACUAAUUGAGUGUAUGUAAACUUCUGACUCACUGGGAAUGUGAUGAAAGAAAUAAAUGCUGAAAUAAAUCAUUCUCGCUACUAUUAUUCUGACAUUUCACAUUCUUAAAAUAAAGUGGUGAUCCCAACUGACCUAAAACAGGGAAUUUUUACUAGGAUUAAAUGUCAGGAAUUGUGAAAAACUGAGUUUAAAUGUAUUUGGCUAAGGUGUAUGUAAACUUCCGACUUCAACUAUAUUUGGACAGUGAUGCAUUUUUUUUUUUUGAUUUGGCUCUACUCCAGCAUUUUUUAUUUGACAUCAAAUGUUUCAUAUGAGGUGACAGUACAGAAUGUUGCCUUAUAUUUGAUGGUAUUUUCAUACAUAUCUGAUUUUACCGUUUAGAAAUUAAAGCACUUUAUAGCCUAGAUCUUGUACCUCCCAUUUGAAAAUGUCAUAAGUAUUUGGACAAAUUUCACUUAUAGUGUAGCAAAGUAGUGAAAAGUUUAGUAUUUGGUCACAUAUUCUAGCACGCAAUGACUAAAUCAAGCUUGUGACGCUAUAAACAUGUUGGAUGCAUUUGCAGUUUGUUUUGGUUGUGUUUGGGCUAUGUUUUGCCCAAUAGGAACUGAAUGGUGAAUGAUGAUUGGAGAAAAUGUAUUUCUAAGUGAGUAUAUAAGAACACUUCUAAACCAAUCCUGAUAAUGAAGUGUUUUAAAAAAAUCAUAAAUUAAUCAAAUCGAAUCAAAUGUUAUUUGUCACAUGCGCCGAAUACAACACGUUAAAUGCUUACUUACAAGCCCUUAACCAACAAUGCAGUUCAAUAAAUAGAGUUAAGAAAAUAUUUACUAAAUAAAAUAAAUAAUAAAUAAAACACAAUAAAAUAACAAUAACGAGACUAUAUACAGGGGUUACCGGUACCGAGUCAAUGUGUGGGGGUAUAGGUUAGUCGAGGUAAUUUGUACAUGUAGGUAGGGGUGAAGUGACUAUGCAUAGAUAAUAAACAGCGAGUAGCAGCAGUGUAAAAACAAAAGGGGGUGGGGGGGGGAUUGUCAAUGUAAAUAGUUCAGGUGGCCAUUUGAUUAAUUGUUCAGCAGUCUUAUGGCUUGGGGGUAGACGCUGUUAAGGAGCCUUUUGAACCUAGACUUGGCACUCCGUACCGCUUGCCGUGCGGUAGCAGAGAGAACAGUCUAUGACUUGGGUGACUGGAGUCUUUGACAAUUUUUUGGGCCUUCCUCUGUUACCGCCUAGUAUAUAGGUCCUGGAUGACAGGAAGCUUGGCCGCAGUGAUGUACUGGGCUGUACACACUACCCUCUGUAGCGCCUUACGGUCGGAUGCCGAGCAGUUGCCAUACCAGGCGGUGAUGCAACCAGUCAGGAUGUUCUCGAUGGUGCAGCUGUAGAACUUUUUGAGGAUCCGGGGACCCAUGCCAAAUCUUUUCAGUCUCCUGAGGGGGAAAAGGUGUUGUUGUGCCCUCUUCACGACUGUCUUGGUGUGUUUGGACCAUGAUAGUUUGUUGGUGAUGUGAACACCAAGGAACUUGAAACUCUCGUUCCACUCCACUACAGCCCCGUCGAUGUUAUUGGGGGCGUGUUCGGCCCUCCUUUUCCUGUAGUCCACGAUCAGCUCCUUUGUCUUGCUCACGUUGAGGGAGAGGUUGUUGUCCUGGCACCACAUGACUAAUGAUGAGAAAGUUAGAGUCUACAACAAAGCAUGCUAACCUCUCAUUGUUACCAAUAAUGAGGGAGAUUAGCAUUGGUAACUUUCUCACUGAUCAUCAUUCACGAUACAUGGGUGAUUAUGCAGAAUCAUGGUAGCAUCCACAUUCAUGUAGAAAUGUUCACAAACAUUUUCUAUUCUCACUUACAAUAAAAGUGACUCCAGAAUGACACUUUUUCUGUAUCACUGUCUAAAUUAGGGUUGCAAAGGGUAUGUUACACUCCAACCCAAGCGCUCCGUUCUACCACCUCUGGUCUCUUGGCCCUCCCACCCGUACGGGAGGGCAGCUCUAACUCAGCCCAGUCCAAGCUCUUCUCUGUCCUUGCACCCCAAUGGUGGAACCAGCUUCCCCCAGAAGCUAGUCCAUGUUGAGUGACAACCUAUGUAAUUUGCAAGGUUAUUGUUCUCUAUGCGCUGUUUUAAAAUGGUGGUUUAAAGUGAGCUACCGGAGACACAACUCUCAUCUGGCUGUACCUGCUGAACGGGGCUUACAAUAUAUUUUAUUUGGAUCGUUCAUGUUCACCUACAGCAAUAGUUUUGAAUAGUUUUGCUUUAAACAGGGUAUAUGGUAAUUUGUAGAUAUACAGGGUAAAGUUGAUUCAUAAUUUUAUAACGAGGACAGCAAUCACUUUUGCGAGGCGCACUGCAUGUCCGAAGCGAAGCGGUAGGACAAAAGAAACUCACUCCGUAAAAACUUAAUAACCAUUCGAUUUUUAAAUGGGGGUGAAAUCCAAACUUGUGCUAUACACUGAGUGUACAAAACAUUAAGAACUCUUUCCAUGACAUCGACUGACCAGGUGAAUGCUAUGAUUCCUUAUUUAUGUCACUUGUUAAAUCCACUUCAAUAAGUGUAGAUGAAGGGGAGGAGACAGGUUAAAGAAGGAUUUUUAAGCCUUAAGACAAUUGAGACAUGGAUUGUGUAUGUGUGCCAUUCAGAGGGUGGGCAAGACAAAUUAUUGAAGUGCCUUUGAACGGGGUAUGGUAGUAGGUGCUAUGCGCACAGAUUUGUGUCAAGAACUGCAACGCUUCUAGGUUUUUCACGCUUAACAAUUUCCCGUGUGUAUCAAGAAUGGUCCACCACCCAAAGGACAGCCAACUUGACACAACUGUUGGACGCAUUGGAGUCAACAUGGGCCAGCAUCCCUUUGGAACGCUUUCGACACCUGCCCUGACGAAUUGAGGCUGUUCUGAGGGCAAAAGGGGGGGGGGGGUGCAACUCAAUAUUAGGAAGGUGUUCUUAAUGUUUUGUACGCUCAUUCAUUGACUAUAUCAUUACUAGCUCAAAUACUCAAUCUGCAAAAAUGACAAGUUAAUUAGUGGGUGAUGGUGAUUUCAGAACCAAAGGGACAAAAAACAUAGCUACAUUGCCCCCCUAAUCUGAUAGUGGUAGUGGGGUGGUAGAUGCCUAGUCUUCCUUAUGGCUCAGCUCAGGUGCCUACGUAGUAAAUACACCAUAGACGUACAUCAUUUACACACACAUACACACAAACCUAGUACAGUGAGGGAAAAAAGUAUUUGAUCCCCUGCUGAUUUUGUACGUUUGCCCACUGACAAAGACAUGAUAAGUCUAUAAUUUUAAUGGUAGGUUUAUUUGAACAGUGAGAGACAGAAUAACAACAAAAAAAUCCAGAAAAAACGUAUGUCAAAAAUGUUAUUAAUUGAUUUGCAUUUUAAUGAGGGAAAUAAGUAUUUGCAAAACAUGACUUAGUACUUGGUGGCAAAACCCUUGUUGGCAAUCACAGAGGUCAGACGUUUCUUGUAGUUGGCCACCAGUUUGCACACAUCUCAGGAGGGAUUCUGUCCCACUCCUCUUUGCAGAUCUUCUCCAAGUCAUUAAGGUUUCGAGGCUGACGUUUGGCAACUCGAACCUUCAGCUCCCUCCACAGAUUUUCUAUGGGAUUAAGGUCUGGAGACUGGCUAGGCCACUCCAGGACCUUAAUGUGCUUCUUCUUGAGCCACUCCUUUGUUGCCUUGGCCGUGUGUUUUGGGUCAUUGUCAUGCUGGAAUACCCAUCCACGACCCAUUUUCAAUGCCCUGGCUGAGGGAAGGAGGUUCUCACCCAAGAUUUGACGGUACAUGGCCCCGUCCAUCGUCCCUUUGAUGCAGUGAAGUUGUCCUGUCCCCUUAGCUGAAAAACACCCACAAAGCAUAAUGUUUCCACCUCCAUGUUUGAUGGUGGGGAUGGUGUUCUUGGGGUCAUAGGUAGCAUUCCUCCUCCUCCAAACACGGCGAGUUGAGUUGAUGCCAAAGAGCUCCAUUUUGGUCUCAUCUGACCACAACACUUUCACCCAGUUCUCCUCUGAAUCAUUCAGAUGUUCAUUGGCAAACUUCAGACGGCCCUGUAUAUGUGCUUUCUUGAGCAGGGAGACCUUGCGGGCGCUGCAGGAUUUCAGUCCUUCACGGCGUAGUGUGUUACCAAUUGUUUUCUUGGUGACUAUGGUCCCAGCUGCCUUGAGAUCAUUGACAAGAUCCUCCCGUGUAGUUCUGGGCUGAUUCCGUUCUCAUGAUCAUUGCAACUCCACGAGGUGAGAUCUUGCAUGGAGCCCCGGGCCGAGGGAGAUUGACAGUUCUUUUGUGUUUCUUCCAUUUGCGAGUAAUCGCACCAACUAAUGUCACCUUCUCACCAAGCUGCUUGGCGAUGGUCUUGUAGCCCAUUCCAGCCUUGUGUAGGUCCCUGACAUCCUUGGAGAGCUAUUUGGUCUUGGCCAUGGUGGCGAGUUUGGAAUCUGAUUGAUUGAUUGCUUCUGUGGACAGGUGUCUUUUAUACAGGUAACAAGCUGAGAUUAGGAGCACUCCCUUUAAGAGUGUGCUCCUAUUCUCAGCUCGUUACCUGUAUAAAAGACACCUGGGAGCCAGACAUCUUUCUGAUUGAGAGGGGGUCAAAUACUUAUUUCCCUCAUUAAAAUGCAGAUCAAUUUAUACAUUUUUGACAAAUGCGUUUUUCUGGAUUUUGUUGUUGUUAUUCUGUCUCUCACUGUUCAAAUAAACCUACCAUUAAAAUUACAGACCGAUAAUUUCUUUGUCAGUGGGCAAACGUACAAAAUCAGCAGGGGAUCAAAUACUUUUUUCCCUCACUGUACAUACGCCAUAGACAUACAUCAUUUACACACACACACGCACAGAAGUCAGCCCAGACAGAUCCAGCUCAGAGAGCUCCAGCUUAUGAGUGCCAUCAACAGCAGAUUUUUAUUUAGAAUGAAAAAUCAAUGUGUUUAUGCAGAAAAUGUUAGUGUAUCGCAUCGAACCGAAUCGCAUCAAUUCGUUCUCUAAUCAAACCGAAUCGCACCGAAUUGUUUCAAACUAAACCGUAUCAUUCCUGUAUUGGAGCACGUCUCUACAUACGUAUCGAAUCAACUUGAAAGGGAAAGAUGCACAUCCCUGCUAUACUGUAUAUAAAUAUAUUUUUAAAAUUAUUCAAGUAUAAAUGACCAAAGUUACCAUAGAUUACCUGUUGAUUGCCAAAAUUACUGAAAGUUCUGGUAACUUUGCAACCCUAGUCGAAAUACAUACAUAUGGGAGUGUACAUCUCAUUUAGAGCGUGUUUCUGUGUGUGCACUUGUAAGAUUCACUCUCUCCCAUUGCUCUUAAACUUUGGGCUACUGUUUGGGAUCGUUAAAAUUAAGAAAAGCCCCUAACCAAAAAAUGAUGUUUUGAAUUAAUUUUCUUCCCACAAAAUGUAAAUCAAAGUGCAGUUAUCACAAAACAUAUUAUUUUCCGUGUUAUAGCCUAACUAGAUGGUAGGCUAUAAAGGCCUGGGGAAAGUUGUGUAAUUUAAAGAAAACCGGUGAGGAGGAGGCGAACUUUAGGCUAUUUUAGUAAAGGCAUACAAGACAUUGCAAGAUACAGAUUAAGACAUUCUUUCUGCCUGACCCCCCCCCUCUCUCUCCCUUGCGCUGGCUCGCCUGCACUUACUCUUUGCUAAUGUUGUGAGUGUGUGUUCAGUCUUCGGUCUGCUGCGUGUAGAAUAUCCUAGCCUAUUCAUUGAUGAUAGGCCCUGCUUUACUGAAGUUGCGAGACAUUGCAAGCCGAAAAAUUGCAAGAUGCAGCAUUCCAUUGCGAGAUACAGCUUUUGAUUGCCGAUAGAUAGGCCUAGUGCACGGUUCUGACUCCGUCUGCCUGGUGGCCGACCUGCCUAUACUGUGCCCAUCCCCUCUCUCCGUCCCACACUAGCUCGCUAUGAAAGAUGCAAGUGUUCGUGUUCUCGGAAGUACAGCUCCUAAAUAGUCUCCUCCGUUCCAAAAAUCUGAAUCAAAACUUUACUCGACGUGCAAGGGAGUCCACGUGCAAGAAGUCGAGGAAUCAACUAUUUUGGAGUCGACUCUCCACCACUACGUCAUAAUCAUUAACAGUUGGAAAAUGGCAGAGAAAGGCAAGCGACAGCAACAGGGUCCUGUAUGGCAAUACUUUGACAAGUUACAUUUACAUCAUUUAGCAGACGCUCUUAUCCAGAGCGACUUACAAAUUGAGAAGGAAAUGAGAAGGAAAAGCAAACUUUGCGAGGUGGAAUUGAGGUACAGUAAUGGUAGUGUAGGUGCAAUGCUUAACCAUCUGAAAGGGACGCAACAUGAGACCCAAACCGUUGCUGGGAGCAGUGCAGCUGCAUAGUGAGUUCACGUGGAAUUUAAUGCAUUUUUCUCUUAACGGAAAACCGCCCCAAAAAUGGCAGUUUAAACGUUAAGAUUUUUUUUUCAUUUGUCACAUCCCUAGUAUUUGUGUGGGUGUUCAGUAUGUGUGUCAGUGUGGUUUUCAAACUGCGAUUAAUUGAAGUCCUGUUAAUCAUCCUAUUGGCUCUGUCCUGUUUUCUGUGUGGAAGUACUGUCCAGAGAUUUCCCUCUUAUCUCCAGAGAGAGACGCUCCUCUCUGCUCUGCUCCGGUCCGGUCCGUUCUGAGGGUGUGAGGGGACAGCUACAAUCCCUAUGCCAUCAGCCCCCAAUAGGGGUCGCAACCCGGGCUGAUAAGAUGAAAGGGAGAAGGGUGAGCUACACCUCAUCUUCGCCUUCCUCGUGAUCCCACCACCUGAAUGAGGAUAUACAUCACAACCCUUUCAACCCUUCACCUGACCAUUGGCCUUGUGUUGUUGACGACUACUAUCCAUGGGUGCUGCCGAAAUACCACGUUUUACUCCAAAUUUACUCCAGAAUCAUUCCAUUUGGACAAUUUCACUGGGACUUUUUGCCGGGACUUUUUCUUAGAAGCAUUUUCACCAUUUGAUGUGCAUUAUGGGUUUUCUUUUUGAAGACUGAACCAGUACUCUUAUUUACUCAGUAAAUUGCACAAACAACAGAAUAGUAUACUGUCCACAGAACUGCCCCAGGCGCCACUAAUGCAUGGCGGUGUGAUUUUAUGAAGGUUGGGUGGUUUUAAUUCAGAGCAGAGUGUAAUUGGAGUUUAGCUCCCUCACUAACUGCCCCUGAACACUCAAGUUAAUUCUUAACGGCUCCCCGCUCUUCUUUUUUUUCAGUGGGUCUCUAGUGGUGUUUAGUACAUUUAAUGGGGUUUCUCUCCUUCCCUAUAAAGGAUCCUCCAUGUUUCUACCGGUGUAGUGAGGGAGUUUUCCAGGUCAGAUGAGAGAGUGUGUGUGUGUGAGCUCAUGUGAGGCAACAAGUGUGAGCGUGUGUGUUAAGGUAUAGGUUGAGGGCUCCACUAAUGAGAAGCACGUGUGGGCCAAUCACAGCACUGCAAGGGCCUGAGCAGUGUAGCUUUAACUUAUUAAAGGCAGUAAAAUUGAUGCUUCCUCCUGUUUUCCCAAUUAAACCUCCAAGCCGUCUCUUUUCUCUUGUUUCCAGGGGUUCGGUAAGCACAUCUGGUUCCAGUAGGCUGCUAUGUGAUAAGGCUGCCUGCCCUGCAUGGUCACUGACCACGGGUUAGGUUAGGACCAGUUAGAACUAUACUGGGUCAGUCUGGUCUGUCAGAUCUGUGGUCCUUCAUCACCCUAGUUCUGACCCAGUGUGGUCGGUCACUGCAGUCACUCUCUCUCUAGAAACUAGUCUUCACAUGAAACAAUGUCCUAGGCCCUCAGACUCAUAACCCCAUGAUGUUGGUGAGCUAUCUCUCUGGAGCGUCCUGCAGUCACCCUGCAGUGGUUUGGGUCAAACUCAUAAACACUCUGAGAGAGCUGCCUGACAGAUUAACACUGAAUCAUAGAGUCAGAGCCACGUUCUUUAGACUGCUGUAAAAUAACCUCUUAUAAACGUGCAAAAAGAAAAUGUGUUCAUUGUCUUUCAAUGGCUAGCUUUAUUACUAAACCAUAUCAUCCUAGAGAGCUGGUUAACUGUAUGUUAUUUAAGCUGUGUUGUAGUGGACGUAUGGGUUGUCCACUAGCCUUGUCCAAGACUUUUGGACAUUUGAAUCUCCAUGAAGCAGAAAUUAAGUACAGCUCUUCAUUCAUUCAUCCAUUUACCCCUCUCUGUGCUUCUCUUCUCUCUGUGUAUGUUUCAGCUGACGAGAGCCAGAGACAGCUGUGUAUGUGCAUUCUGUACCACAUCAGUGUGGACGACAGAUUCAAGUCCAUGUUUGCCUACACAGACUGCAUACCACAGGUAAGACUGGGUAAUGUACACUCAAGGGCUGAGGCCGCAGCCCAGACAGCAUUAGCAUCGAGGCUAACAGUCUUGGAAUUAUGCAUGAGAAAGAGGGAGAGGGAGGGAAAGGGAUGUAGAGAGGGAACGAUGGAUGGAAAGAGGGAGGGAUAGAAAGGGAUGGAGAGGGUGGGAGAAAUGGAGAGAGCGGAAUGAAUAGAGAGUGGUAGGAAUGGAGAGAGAAAGAGAGGAAUGGAGAGAGAGGGGGGCAUGCUACAUCUGCACCCAAAUCGCCAAAGGACGGCUGCUCAGCCUUCACUCUCACUGAUGACAGCUCCGUGUUUUUUAACUAUGUUUUUUUUCAUCCUUUCCACUUAUUGGAGCGCUGGAGAAAACCUUGCGUCAUUCAUCUAACCAGCCCUCAGUGAAAAAAGGCCCUUCUCUCCAUCUUCUCUAUGGUCUAGGCCUAUUUGGUGUACGUAGAAUGCACUAAUAGGGAAUAUCUAGAUUUUAAGUGUACAUGAUGUUAGUGAUGUCGGAAUGAAACUGAGAUGUCAUAUUGAUUGAGUUAAGUCUGAUUGCCUCUGUCUUUCAUCAUUGGUAGAUUAGUUAAAUGCUUAUUCUGUUUGUCUUGUGAGAUUGGGUGUAACUGGGGGCCAGAUGCUCAUAAACAGGGUUGUUUGUGUAGUGGGUCAUGUCACCAGUAGAUCUGCCCCGCGGGGUCGGCGUGUCAGAGAGGAUGUUGGGUAGCAGCAUGACCGGAAAGUGGCCUUUGACCCCAGGCCCUCUCUCUCGCUCUCUCUCUGUCUCUAGGGAUGGUCCUUUAGCUAGGACUGGGCAGUAUACCGUAUUUUACUAAAUACGGGUAUUGAUGUACGGACCGGUUUGGGUUUUUACUUUACCUUCUAUAAUGGUAUAUCAAUGUUUGGUUUGUUAAAUAUGAUACGCAACAUUUUUUUGUUUACUCCGUUUUCUACUUGAGUUGUCUUUCUCUCUCCUCCUGCUGCAUGCCACUUCCCACACUUUCCUGCCCCCUGUCACUCAAGGAGAGAGCAGUUGCUUGACCACAGUCACGAGCACUUUCUUGCCGUUCGCUCUGCAGUCUGCAUGGUCAGAUACAGUUGAAGUCGGAAGUUUACAUACACUCAAUUAGUAUUUGGUAGCAUUGCCUUUAAAUUGUUUAACUUGGGUCAAACGUUCCGGGCAGCCUUCCACAAGCUUCCCACAAUAGGUUGGGUGAAUUUUGGCCCAUUCCUCCUGACAGAGCUGGUUUAACUGAGUCAGGUUUGUAGGCCUCCUUGCUCGCACACACUUUUUCAGUUCUGCCCACACAUUUUCUAUAGGAUUGAAGGUCAGGGCUUUGUGAUGGUCACUCCAAUACCUUGACUUUGUUGUCCUUAAGCCAUUUUGCCACAAUUUUGGAAGUAUGCUUGGGAUCAUUGUCCAUUUGGAAGACCCAUUUGCGACCAAGCUUUAACUUCCUGACUGAUGUCUUGAGAUGUUGCUUCAAUAUAUCCACAUAUUUUUCCUUCCUCAUGAUGCCAUCUAUUUUGUGAAGUGCACCAGUCCUUCCUGCUGCAAAGCAACCCACAGCAUGAUGCUGCCACCUCCGUGCUUCACGGUUGGGAUGGUGUUCUUCGGCUUGCAAGCGUCCCCGUUUUUCCUCCAAACAUAACGAUGGUCAUUAUGGCCAAACAGUUCUAUUUUUGUUUAAUCAGACCAGAGGACAUUUCUCCAAAAAGUACGAUCUUUGUCCCCAUGUGCAGUUGCAAACCGUAGUCUGCCUUUUUUAUGGCCGUUUUGGAGCAGUGGCUUCUUCCUUGCUGAGCGGCCUUUCAGGUUAUAUCGAUAUAGGACUCGUUUUACUGUGGAUAUAGAUAAUUUUGUACCUGUUUCCUCCAGCAUCUUCACAAGGUCCUUUGCUGUUGUUCUGGGAUUUAUUUGCACUUUUCGCACCAAAGUACAUUAAUCUCUAGGAGACAGAAUGCGUCUCCUUCCUGAGCGGUAUGACGUCUGUAUAUUGUAUUGUAUGCAAUAUUUGUUCUGAGGUCUUGGCUGAUUUCUUUUGAUUUUCCCAUGAUGUCAAGCAAAGAAGCACUGAGUUUGAAGGUAGGCCUUGAAAUACAUCCACAGGUACACCUCCAAUUGACUCAAAUUAUGUCAAUUAGCCUAUCGGAAGCUUCUACAGCCAUGACAUCAUUUUCUGGAAUUUUCCAAGCUGUUUAAAGGCACAGUCAAAUUAGUGUAUGUAAACUUCUGACCCACUGGAAUUGUGAUACAGUGAAUUAUAAGUGAAAUAAUCUGUCUGUAAACAAUUGUUGGAAAAAUUACUUGUGUCAUGUACAAUGUAGAUGUCCUAACAGACUUGCCAAAACUAUAGUUUGUUAACAAGAAAUCUGUGGAGUUGUUGAAAACAAGUUUUAAUGACUCCAACCUAAGUACAUGUAAACUUCCGACUUCAAUUGUAGAUGGAGCAAGAUGUUGGUGACAUGCUGCUUUCCACAAGCGUUCUAUAAUUACACUAUUAGUUAGUUUAUUUUACUGUCUGCAAACUACUGUCUGCUAGUUUGUCUUUUCUUAGCAAAGUUUUGACUAAAAUAAAUGUUGUUAGUCACAAAUGCUAAUUGCUAGUUAGCUGGCUAGCUAGCUUGCUAAAUGUACUAAGAGUCAUAGCAAACAUAGCUAUCUAAUCAGCCUGGUACCAGUGCUGGUGUAGGCCUAGAUAAGCAUGUUGUUUGUGCAACGGUAUCUUCUAAAUCAGAGAGGAAUAGGCGAAGCAUGAAUGUGUUAGCACAGAGUUUCUAAACCCAGAGGCACAACAUUGCGAGACUUCCGGGAACGCUUGCGAAACAGACCAAGUAGACCAGGCCGGGGUUUGGGGUUUGAGAAUUCAAUGAGGGAAGUGAAACAUUAUUCCUUAGUUGUUAAUUUUUACAAAAUCUAAAGGCACAACCUAGAUUCGAGCCAAGUCUUAAGUAGUUGAACAUGUUAUUACUCUAACCUCGUGAAGGUGACAAACUGACACGUUUUCAUUUUUGUCAAAAACAACUUUAUAUCUAAGGAAUGCCUUUGAUUUGACGGCCUGUACAUCCGCAGUUUGGCGCGAGACGACUGUUAGACCCGAUUACCUAAUUUUGUGCAUGAGCUUAGCUAGCCAACAUCACCAUGACAUCGCCUACGAGUGUGAUCAGGGAUUUCUAUUGGAGAAGCAGUUUCUGCCUAUCUUCAUACUGUACUGUCUUUGAUGUUAGCUAGCUACAUGAGGUAAGAAAACAUGCCAUGUAGCUUCUAAUUAAGGGUCACCUAGAAACACUGACCAACACUUUUGGUUCCUACCCAAUAAUUCCUUCCUGGCUUAUUAAUUUGUUGUCAUGUCAAACAUCAAUGUGUUCAAGGUGCUGCCCAAUAAAUUCCAUCUAUAGAAUUUGAAUAAUCAUUAUAUUUCCAUGAUUCCAACAGUUCACUACUAGGCCUAGAUUUUUUUGCCCAUAUCAUGCAUCCCUGCAGGUCACAAUGUGGAAAUGAUAACAAAAGUGCAGGAAAUACAGAAAUGUAUGAAAAUACUGAUAAUUAUUUUUGUUUGAAGUUGGAUUGAACAGUAUACAACAAUCAGAAUGGAGAAAGACCCAUUUAAAUCACUUAUAGUGUAUGUGUUGCCACCCUAGGGUCAUGCACUACUCAAAGCAUAUUUAUAACUUUUAUUAUUAAAAAACAUAAAAUACCUUCAAAUACUGUCAUACCGUCAAAUGUGGAAAAUAUUGUGAUAUAAGAUUUUGGCCAUAUCGCCCAGUUCUACCUUGAACCCCCCUCCUCUCCAUCCUCCCUAUUUCCCGCUGGGCAGGUUUCCUCAUCAGGCUACCUCUGCUCUGUCCCUGCCCUUUGGCCAGCUCAGCCUUUUCCUCUCUACCUCUCCCCACUGGGCCUGGGGCAAGACCUGACCCAACCCUUUCCCCUUCUCCUCUCCUCCACUCCUGGUGGGGUCAGCUCUGGGCUGGGAGGGAGAGGCUCGACAUGGGGUUAUGAGGGAGAGGAAGGGGCUUUAGUGUUAGGGGUGAAGGGGUGUACAGGGUUAGGGGUGGAGGGGAGUGAGGGGUUAGAUGGGGAGGGUCUGCUGUGCUGUGUAGUGUGGUGCUAGGUCUCCUCUGGCUAUGCUGUGGUAAAUAAGCAGAGGCAGGUGCCACAGAGUCUAGACAGGGCUGAUUUUGGGUCCGGGGCCCCUGGUAUGUGAUACCCGACGCGAGGCCUGUGUGUGUGUGUGUGUGUGUGUGUGUGUGUGUGUGUGUGUGUGUUUGUAUGAUUGCACACUACUGACUCCUCACAGGGAGCGGGCCUUCAGUGCCACUGCUUAAAGCCUUUCCUGUUUAAUGUUAAAUCAGAACAGGAAAGCUGGGAGACUGGGCAGGGAUAGAGGGGGAGCAGAUGGCAAGGGCUGGGGGAGGACUCCUUUUUGGACCGUCGUCCUCUCUCUGUAGUUGACUUCCAGGGCGUUUACUGGUGGCCUAGCCCCCUCUUCAGCAACCCUCAUCACGUCUCCCCCCCACCUCCCCCCUCCACACAUGUACAAAUACACACACACCAAUCAUCAUCAUCACUAAGGACCCAGAGCUUACUUUCUUUUGAUGUAGUUGGAGGAGACUGUAGGAUGCUCUAUAUGAGUCAGAGGCCUUUGGAUUGUGAAGGAAUGGACAAAUUGCAAGCAGGCAUGGAAUGUCCCCUCUUUCCAUCUCCCUCUCUCCACCUCUCUCUCCUCUGUCUGUUUGCAAGCCCUCUCAGUAGUCCCCUGCAGGGUAUUGGCACAGACCUGAUUAGACAGUAAUGACUGUACCUAUACCCUCUACUUUUCUGCUCACUUCAGAGAAGGCCUUCCUGUUUCCGUACUCUGCGGUUAACCCAGCGCGUCACCAUGGCAACCAAC